AAUUGUCAAUACCAUUUUUACCCUCUGGUUUCUUCAUUUCCAGUUCUCGCGAACUUCCCCCUUCAUCAAUCUCUCUCCUCGAAAUCCGCUUCUCUUCUGUUCCUUCCACUUUCUCCGAUCAAUCCCUUCCCCCAAUUUUCUUUUGCUUCGCUGCUUCAAGGUAUUAUCAUAUCUAUGGUGAUUUUGUUUCGACUCCACUUGGCCUAGAGAGUUCAUUGAGGUUGCUGUCCACACACACAGACCAGAUCCUAAGUAAAUCACUUGGCAUUGUCCCUUUGAGCGCCAAAGGAAACCUUUAAAUAUCCGGCUGACCUAUGCAGUGGUGCAAAAAUGACCAUGAGGUUGGUAGGAAAAUAUCUUAACCUGUCGUCAAUUCAUAAGAAUUUUCUGACCUGCAGUAAAAUUGGUUUCCACCCUCGAGUUUUGCAUAAUGGCCCUGACACUGUAGAAGAACUCUUAGACAGACAUGUGGUUAAGAAAGAAAAGUUCUUUGAUGAUGAAGAUGAUAAAUUGAUAACACAGCGACGUCUCACCACCACUCGACGUGAGGCUCUAAGCCUCUAUAGAGAUAUUCUACGGGCAACUCGAUUCUUUAUGUGGCCAGAUUCUAGAGGUGUCUUGUGGCGAGAUGUUCUCAGGGAGAAUGCACGGAAGGAGUUUGAGGAUGCACGCUUGGAGUCUGAUCCAGAAAUGGUGACCCGACUUCUGAUUGGUGGGCGCGAUGCAGUGCAGUCGGCUCUUGACAAGCUUGCUGAGAAACAGAGGGAGGAGAUUGAUAAGAAGCAAGGUGGUCGAGAUCAACUCUGAUUUAUAAUAUGGAUGACGAUUGGGCUACAUCAAAAAGGAAUUGGAUCAGUUGCUAACAUAUGAAGGUAAAAAGGAACGGCAAUAAUUGAAUUAAUUUUUUUCUUUUAUUGGGUUGCUUGAAGUCUUUUAGACACCUGGAUAUUGAGUGUGCUUCACUAGACUUCACUCACAAUGCUAGGGGUUAGGGGUUGAUAAGAUAUAAAAUUGAUGUUUACUUAACCGUGAGAUUCACAAAUACGUUGGGUCAAACAAUGUAAGUAGUAAGGACAUGAUUACAACUGCAGUCAUAUUUAUUUGGGGAUCUGUCUAUUGUUUGAAAAUUCAUCAGCUUGAUGCUUGUAUUUUGUUGGAAA